UAACAUGACCAAGCCUUUUGCAUUGAACCUGGCUUUCGCCUUCGCCUUCAAUUUGGCUUUCCUCUGUUUCACAGCAUCUCUGUGUUUAUCUCAGAAUGACACCCAAGUGCUCACUCUUUUCCGCCUCCAGACCGACGCUCAUGGCUAUCUCCUCCCCAAUUGGACUGGAGGCGACGCCUGUUCCGCCACGUGGCGCGGUGUUUACUGCUCCUCCGACGGCCGUGUCGUUGCCCUGUCUCUCCCUUCCCUCAAUCUCAGAGGACCUAUUGAUUCGCUCUCGUUGCUUGUGCACCUCCGCCUCCUUGACCUCCACGAUAACCGUUUGAACGGCAGCAUUGCACCUUUAUCCAACUGCACCCGCCUGAGGCUACUUUACCUCUCCCGCAACGACUUUUCCGGCGAGAUACCGCCGGAAAUAGCUUCUCUCAAGCAUUUACUAAGGCUUGACCUUUCUGAUAACAACAUCCACGGUCCAAUUCCCGACGAACUCUCUUCAUUAACUCACCUUCUCACGCUUCGCCUACAGAACAACGUGCUCUCCGGCCAAGUUCCGGAUCUAUCUGUUUCGCUCGUUAAUCUCACAGAGCUCAAUUUCACCAACAACGAGCUCUACGGACGCUUACCCGAUGGAAUGCUGAAGAAAUACGGCGACAAAACCUUCUCUGGGAAUGAAGGUCUGUGUGGUUCAACUCCAUUCGCGGUUUGUUCCUUCACACAGACCCCUCCUUCUUCGGCAUCACCGCCGCAGAUAGUUCCUUCGAACCCGAGCUCGUUGCCUGAAUCUCAAACAAGCGUAAUUGUGACACCCAAAACUCAACGGCGAAAGGGGUUAAGCCCCGGGGCUGUAGUAGCCAUAGUGGUGGCGAAUUGCGUGGCAUUGUUGGUGGUUACCUCUUUCAUCGUGGCUCACUGUUGCGCAAGAGGACGAAGCUCCAGCUCGGUGGUGGGUAGUGAAAAUGGCAAGAGAAAAAGCGGCAGCAGUGGCUCCGGAAGCGAGAAGAAGGGGCACGCCAAUAAUGGGGGUGCAGAUAGCGACGGGACUAGCGGGACAGACCGAAGCAGGCUUGUGUUCUUCGAUCGGAGGAAUCAAUUCGAGCUGGAGGAAUUGCUGCGAGCAUCGGCGGAGAUGCUGGGAAAAGGCAGCUUGGGGACGGUUUAUAAGGCGGUGCUUGAUGACAGUUCUACUGUGGCGGUGAAGAGGCUUAAGGACGCAAACCCAUGUGCCAGGAACGAGUUCGAGCAGUACAUGGACAUCAUUGGAAAGGUCAAGCACCCCAACAUUGUCAGAUUCAGAGCAUAUUACUACGCCAAAGAAGAAAAACUUCUCGUCUAUGAUUAUCUCCCCAACGGAAGCUUGCAUUCUCUUCUUCAUGGAAAUCGUGGUCCAGGAAGAAUUCCACUAGAUUGGACCACAAGAGUGAGCUUGGUUUUAGGAGCAGCAAGAGGGCUAGCACGUAUUCAUGCAGAAUACAACGCAGCAAAAAUACCUCACGGGAAUGUCAAAUCUUCGAAUGUGCUUCUGGACAAGAACGGCGUUGCUUGCAUCUCAGACUUCGGAUUGUCGCUGUUACUGCACCCUGCUCACGCCAUUGCAAGAUUGGGCGGAUACAGAGCUCCAGAACAAGCAGAAGCGAAGAGGCUGUCUCAGCAAGCAGACGUAUACAGUUUUGGGGUAUUGCUCUUGGAAGUUCUCACAGGGAGAGCUCCUUCGCAGCACCCUUCACCAACUCGACCUCGCAUGGACGAAGAGGAACAAGACGUGGAUCUCCCCAAAUGGGUCCGAUCCGUUGUGAAGGAAGAGUGGACAGCAGAAGUGUUCGAUGAAGAACUCUUGCGUUACAAGAACAUAGAGGAAGAGCUGGUUUCGAUGCUCCAUGUGGGGUUGGCUUGUGUGGCUUCACAGCCAGAGAAGAGGCCAACCAUGGCAGAAGUGGCCAAGAUGAUUGAGGAGAUCAGGGUGGAACAAUCCCCCUUAGCAGAGGACUAUGAUGAAUCGCGUAAUUCACUUUCACCUUCCCUCGCCACCACUGAAGAUGGCCUUCCUUGACUAUUUUGCGUUGGUGCAUAUGUUACUGUAACUACCUAGCCGUUUCAGUAUUGCUCCUCACUGUUUAGCCGCCGGUGCAUAAUCUCGCUGUACAUCAGUGAUGGACUUCGCUAGCUCUUCCAAUUGUGUUAAUUUACGUGUUCUUUUACUAAAAUUUGCGAGCUGUGUAAUUGAAGCGUUGCGUGUAGGAAAAAUCUGAUGAUUCUAUGACUACGCUUAGAAUAAGUAUUAUUUACUUACUUGAACUGCAAAAUCUAAA